UCCCCAGGCACGCGCCUGUCGGACCGUUACAGAGGGAUGCUGCUUUAACUUCCACCGUUUCAGUCCGGAAGUUUGGUAACUUGUCGACUGAUAAGUGUAAUUUUAUUUACUAAGUUGUACCACACGCUUUGAACUCCGGCCCGGGCCACCUUAUUAAACUGUGGUAGUCAGUCAAGACUCAGUCGAAGGUUGACUUCCCGGACAGUCACCAGACAGAGUGAGUGCUGUCUAGCUGCCCCCGGCUAGCGGUGGGCUAAUAUCACACAAGGACAACAUGAGCUAACUUUUGGUGUUAGCAGCUAGCUAAGAAAGUUAAGCAGUGAGAAGAGGAGAAACGCACCUGUCGGACGGUUGCUAUCACUCAUGUGCCCCCGGUAGUUAACAUGUCGAGUCAGCCGGCUUUCCCGAUCCAACAGCAGCCAAACCUGAACUCCGCUCCUUUCCCACAGUGUCUUGUGAAACCUUUUAACAAAUCUCUGCAAAUCAAGAGGAAUGUCAUAACAGACGAUUACAGUGUCACAAGUCAGGUGCUCGGGAUGGGGAUAAAUGGCAGAGUGUUGGAGGUAUUCCACAAAGAGAGUGGAGAAAAGUAUGCACUGAAGAUGCUGCAGGAUUGCCCAGAGGCCAGGAGAGAGGUAGAGCUACACUGGAGGGUGUCACCUUGCCCCCAUAUUGUACCCAUCAUAGAUGUUUAUGAGAAUCUCUACCAUGGCAGGACAUGCCUCCUCAUCCUGAUGGAGUGCAUGGAUGGGGGUGAAUUAUUCAGCCAUAUCCAAGACAGAGGGAAUCAUGCAUUCACAGAAAGAGAGGCCUCUGACAUCAUGAGAAGUAUCGGCGAGGCCAUAUAUUUCUUGCAUUCCAUCAACAUUGCUCACAGAGACAUCAAGCCAGAGAACCUGCUGUACACCUCCAAAAGGUCAGAUGCCCUCCUCAAGCUGACAGACUUUGGGUUUGCCAAAGAAAUCACCACCUUAAACUCUUUAGCAACACCAUGUUUUACCCCUUACUAUGUAGCUCCAGAAGUUCUUGGUCCAGAGAAGUAUGACAGAUCCUGUGACAUGUGGUCUCUGGGUGUCAUUAUGUAUAUUCUACUUUGUGGAUAUCCUCCCUUUUUCUCACAUCAUGGUCUGGCAAUAUCCCCGGGAAUGAAAAGACGGAUCUGCAACGGACAAUAUGAGUUCCCCAACCCCGAGUGGUGCGAUGUGUCUGAGGAAGCCAAACAGCUAAUCUGCCACUUACUGAAAACCGAGCCCACCCAGAGAAUGAGCAUCACCGAGUUCAUAAACCAUCCCUGGAUUAAUCAGUCGGUGAAGGUCCCACAGACGCCCCUUCACACCAGCCGCGUGCUGCACGAGGAGCAAGAUGUCUGGGAGCAGGUCAAAGAGGAAAUGACAAAUGCCCUGCAAACGAUGAGAGUGGACUAUGACCAAAUUAAAAUCAAAACCAUUGAAGACUCAACUAAUCCUCUACUCUUGAAGAGAAGAAAGAAAAGUAAAAAAUCAGCCACACAACCUCCAGGCUAGUAAAAUAAA